GCUAUAAAAGGCCCAAAUCAGAAACUCCAGCUAAUGGCAUGGCAGCCACUCUUUGCAUCCAAUUCAACCACCACAGCACCACCGUUCUCUCUCAAAUUUCAAUUUCGACACUCUCUGUUCUUCCAGCUCUUGCCCAGUGGAUGCUACUGAUUCCGAGAUGGAACCAAUAAUCAUAUUCGAUCCAUAUAAUAAAUAUGUUAACCAAAGGAAUGAUGAAGCUAGCGAUGUCUCAGAACUGGAACGUUUUAACCGUUCCAUUGAUGAGUUGUUCUCAAAAGUUCAUGAGCUUGAGCAAGGGGUGAAUUUAGUUGAACAAUUCUACAUGACUGCAGAAAAUAGCCAACCAGACAAUCCUAAAUCUAGCUCAAUUAUGAAGGAUAAAGUUAAGAAAAAAUAUUUGACCAACAUUGAGAAGGAACAGCAAAAUGCAUCACAAAGCGAAGCAGCUGCUGAGAAGAGAAUGCAACAACUUAUCCACCAGUUUGCAGGAAUUUUUUAUCAGAUCACUCAGCACAAGUGGGCAUGGCCUUUCAUGGAACCAGUAGAUGUAGUACGUCUUUGUUUGAAUGACUAUUAUGAGGUUAUUGAAAAGCCAAUGGAUUUGGGCACGAUUAAAAAUAAAAUGGAGGGUAAGGAUGGCACUGGGUACAAGAAUGUCCGGGAAAUAUAUGCUGAUGUUAGGCUGGUUUUUAAGAAUGCAAUGAAAUACAAUGAUGAAAGAGAUGAUGUCCAUGUAAUGGCUAGAACUUUGUUGGAAAAGUUUGAAGAAAAAUGGCUGCAGCUUUUGCCUAAAGUUGCUGAAGAGGAAAAAAGACGAGAAAAGGUUAAAGUGGCAGCACAGUCUGCUAUUGAAUUGGCUCAAGAGGUGUCACAUGCAAACAUGGCUAGGAAUUUAAACAAUGAGCUUUCUGAUGUUGAUAUGCAACUGGAAAAACUCAGAAAUAUAGUAGUUCAGAAAUGCAGGAGAACAUCUGUUGAAGAGAAAAAGAAACUAGGCGCAGCUCUCACUCGGUUGUCUCCUGAAAAUCUGACUAGGGCAUUAGAGAUAGUAGCCGAUGACAAUCCAAGCUUCCAAGCAACAGCUCAAGUAGUGGACCUUGACAUGGAUACUCAGAGUGAAUCAACUUUAUGGAGGUUAAGGGUUUUUGUGAAAGAUGCACUAAAAGAUAUGGGCACAAAUGCCAUGGGCAUGGGUGGUAGCAACAAUGAUGAAAACAAGGACAAUAUUAAGAUCAAUAACAAGAAGAGCAAGAAUACUGCCGCAACUGCCACUAACAACAACAAAAGAAGAAGAGAGAUUUGUGAUGCUAUUACCAAGACAUCUGCGAAGAAGGCCAGGAAGACCUCUGUUAUUUCAUAACCUACAAUUUCUGGACAUUUGGCUUUCUGUUGUCUUACUUCAUUUGAAGCUAACGAAACUGUGUGGGUCUGGGAAGUUCUUGAAAAGCUAUAUAUCUUUCAGUAGCAAGAGCAGCUGACUGAUACGUGAAGAUAUAUCGUGCUGAUCCUUUCUCCGUUCACGCAAAUUAUAGAGCAAUAUGCAUUUGGGUGUUUAGAUGCAUUUGUAUGCUCCCUUCAGUUCUUAGAGGUGGAAAUAUUUUGGCGGCAACCAUGUAUAUAGUGCCUUUUGAUAAUCCUUUGAUGGCAUGGGAAAAAUACCAGAAGAUCCAGAAACUAUUCAGCUAACAGCAAUUGUAAAGGAUAUUUGAAAAGUAUACAACUAAUUAAAUAUCACUAUCUGUAGAGAUCUUCUAGUGAUUUCUCAUUUAGAAAAAUAUACAGCUUUUGCUUUGUACA